ACACACUUCUCUCCCUUAUGCUCUCUCUCAACUAGGGUUUUUGCAGAGAAGCAAGCAUGGCGUUGUCCUUCCUGGGUCGAAGUCCAACUUUGAUCAACAAACCGAUCCUAGCUUCGAUUUUCUCCCGCACUUUCGCGUCAACAUCUAUCUCUGUUCCUCGUCUUACUCUCAUUUCUUCGUCUCCUCUUCUCCGCCUCCGGCCUCUCGUUGCCCUUGCAGAGUUCCGCCGGUUCCCGUCGCCGGUCGGCUUGAGAUGCUUCGCAACGCGACCGACUUCUUCAUCCUUGAACGAUCCGAACCCAAACUGGUCAAAUCGUCCACCGAAGGAGACCAUACUGCUCGAUGGUUGUGAUUUCGAGCAUUGGCUCGUUGUCAUGGAGAAACCUGAAGGGGAGCCGACGAGAGAUGAAAUCAUCGAUAGUUACAUCAAGACCCUCGCUAUGGUCGUAGGGAGUGAGGAAGGAGCAAGGAUGAAAAUUUAUUCAGUGUCAACUAGACACUAUUACGCAUUUGGAGCCCUUGUGUCUGAGGAGCUAUCAUACAAAAUCAAGGAGCUGCCAAGGGUACGGUGGGUUCUUCCUGAUUCUUACUUGGAUGUUAAAAACAAAGACUAUGGAGGGGAACCUUUUAUUAAUGGGCAAGCUGUUCCAUAUGACCCCAAAUACCAUGAGGAAUGGGUAAGAAAUAAUGCACGGGCAAAUGAGAGAUCUAGGCGCAACGACAGGCCCCGUAACUUUGAUCGGUCAAGGAACUUUGAGAGAAGAAGAGAAAAUAUGCAGAACCGUGAUUUCCAAGCAAGAGAAAUGCCACCGAUGCCUAACCGUGAUGCUCAAAACCCCAUGCCAAAUAUGGGAGGUAUGCCACCUAACCGUGAAGCUCAGAACCCCAUGCCUAAUAUGGGAGGAAUGCCACCGGUGCAGAACACCAUGCCAAAUAUGGGAGGUAUGCCCCCAAAUGCAGGAUACUCCAAUGUGCCCAACAACAUGGGAAGCAUGCCACCCAGAGACUUUCACAACAGGGAGGGACCUAACAGAGGAAGGAUGCCUUACCAGAGUGGGGAAAUGCCUAAUGGUGCCAUGCCAAACAGAGAUUUUCAGAACAGCUAUGCACCAAACAGGGACAUGGGAGGUAUGCAAGGUGGAAACCCUUACCAAGUGAGAGAUAUGCCUGGUAGAGACUUUCCUCCAACGCCCAACAGAGACUACCAGUAGACGAAGUCUGUAGAUAACUGAGGAUGAGGUUGUAGAAAACUUGUGGUGGAGAGGAGAGGAGGAUCUUGUUCUUGGACAUUGUGAUUUGUGAAGUUUCUGGGACCAUGCAGAAAGGAAAAGGCCUAUGGAUCUAAUUGAAUGGUACUAUAUUGGAUAUCAUGCCUGUGUAUAGUAUAUAGAACAAUCAGUUGUGUGCAUGAACUGAGAACACGAAGUUAUGAUUUUUUUAUGGCUUUGUAGAUUUACCGGUACUAUUUGAUAUCAUAUCCAUAUCAACCGGAAACGUUGAAUUCUGGUAGUGGUUUCAGUUAAGGAUCUAAUGUACUUGCCCACACACUUAACUCUUUCUACGUCAUACCUGAGUUUAAUUUAACUUCAUUUCAGGGCAUUAUUGUUCUA